AUUAUAUAUAGGGGAGCUCUGGACUACUGAACCAGGCAGUUAAACGAGUCCACAUUCAUUUCGUAUUUGUAUAUUCAGAGCUGAGAGCCCAGGCACGCACUAUAGUGGAGGGAAACUGAAGGCCACGCUAUAUAUAUCUCAUAUUAUAAGAGCAAGAGGAGGAAAAGCACCCAGCUAGGUUGAGAGAGAAAGAAGAAGAAGCAGAGAGAGAAUCAUGGAAUGGAGAAAAUGCUAUUUGGAUGUGAUUCUGGUUCCUCUAGGGUUUCUGAUAAUGGCUGGUUAUCAUGGAUGGUUGUGGCACAAUGUUCGUACUAAACCCGAGACUACUAUCAUCGGCAUAAACACCAGAGGAAGACGAUUAUGGGUUUCUGCAAUGAUCAAGGACAAUGAAAAGAAGAACAUCCUGGCAGUCCAAACCCUUCGAAACACGAUCAUGGGAUCAACCCUAAUGGCCACCACGUCGAUCCUUCUCUGCUCCGGCCUGGCGGCCGUGAUCAGCAGCACGUACAGUGUAAAGAAGCCGCUGAACGAUGCCGUCUACGGCGCUCACGGGGAGUUCAUGGUGGCCCUCAAAUACGUGACCCUACUCACCAUUUUCCUCUUCUCCUUCAUGUGUCACUCGCUUUCCAUCAGGUUCAUAAAUCAAGUGAACAUCCUCAUCAACAGUCCUCAAGACCCUACUUCUCCGGUGACCCCCGAGUACGUGUCGGAGCUUCUAGAGAAAGGUUACAUUCUGAACACGGUGGGGAACAGGCUGUUCUACGCAGCACUACCUCUUCUGCUUUGGAUUUUUGGUCCGGUGCUGGUGUUCUUGUGCUCCAUUACCUUGGUGCCGAUGCUUUACAAUUUGGAUUUUGUGCUUAGAAGCCCUGAUCAGAAAGGAAAGAACAUGGAUGCUUCUGGAAAUGAUUCGGAUUUCGUUUGAAUAUGCCAAUGUCCCAACUCAUGAUCAAGGACGUUAAUUUGGUGCAUGCAUGAUCAAUUAGUUGAAUUAAAACAAGAAAAUGAAAGAUAAGACGGCAGCUUGAAGGAUUUUUGUAUAAAUGCUUUGUUAUCUCCUUUGAUUUCCAUGAAUAUUCAAGUAUGAUCGAAUCGAUCCAUUCCUGCUUUACUAAAUUUUGAGCAUGCUUGCAUUUCAUCGAGCAAAGGAAAUGACUGUGUACCAACAUUACAUU